AUGUUUGAUCAAAUUGAAGAACCAAAAAUAAAGAUUCGUUUGCCAUUAGAAUCAUGGAAUGAUUUAAUAUCAAUGAUGGAAGUUAUUGAUCAGACACAAAAUGAUGGAAAAAUUAUGUUCUUAAAAAUGAUUGCUGAUAAUGCAUUUUCAAUAUCGGCAACAAGACACGAAGUACGAUUUUAUAUUGAUAAAUUUCGUGUGAUUUAG